AUGAUAAAAUAAUAAAAUAUAUAGCAAUUAUUCCCUAACUUAUAGGAAUAAUCUUAUGAGACUCUCCAAAGGGUUUAUGAAAAUAUUGCUCUAUAACAAUUCCAUGUCUUGGUCUAACAAAUAAAAACCAAGUUCCCAAUCCCAGAAUAAAUCAAAGCUGUUUAAUUUCCUACACAAGAGAAUGCAGUUGAAUUCUUUUAGAAUUACAACCCAAUCAUUUUAGAUUUAACUCAUAUUUAAGACGUUAAGAUUAAGUUAUAUAAAAAUGCAGCAUUCUAUGGAACCUUGGUUGACGGUUUAAGACAAGGACAAGGCAUUUUAAUUAAAUCAACAUUACAACUGUACGAAGGUUCUUUUCUGAGAGACAAGAAGGAUGGCAUAGGAUUUGAAUUGCUGAAGUAAAAUCAAUUUUACUAUGGCACUUAUCUGAAUGGAUUGCCACAUGGAGAAGGAGUGUUCUGGUCGAAAAACUAGAAGUAUAUCGGAUAAUGGCAUUAAGGGAAGAAACAUGGAAUUGGAUGGUAUCAAGGGAGUCAUUCCGAUUAUUAUCUAGGACAAUGGGAAAAUGGAAGAUGUUUUGGACAUUGCAUCUACAUCAAUGGAGACAUAUAUGUUGGUUAUGUUACCAAUGAUCUCAAACACGGCAAUGGUUAAGAGUAUUUUGAAAAUGGAGAUUACUUUGUUGGAGAAUACAAAAAUGGGAAACCUAAUGGUCAUGGGGAAUUUUAUUGGAAUAAUGGUAAUUUCUAUAAAGGAGAAUUUGUGAAUGGCCAAAGAAAUGGUUAAGGGAUGUGGGAGAGUAAGACUCAAGAAGGAGUAAACAUAUACAAAGGUUAAUAUGCUAAUGAUAAAAAAUGUGGACAAGGAGUGUUUCAAUAUGCCAAUGGAACCAAAUAUGAAGGCUAUUUCAUAGAUGACAAAAGAUGUGGAUAUGGAGAAAUCGUUUGGUAAGACAAGGCCACUUAUAAGGGUUAUUGGGUGGAUGGAUUGAUGGAAGGAGAAGGGAUAUAUGAAUACGACACUCUGGUUUUGAAGGGUAAUUGGAAAAGCAAUUAGUUAUAAACUAUCGACAAGGUGAGAGUCUCAUUGAAUCAAUUUCCUCAGUAACACAACUUAAAAGAGAUAAAUGAAGAUGAAGAGGUUAGAUCGUAAGUGGCUGAUGAACCAGAUUAGGAUGAGAUCGGUAAUUAAUUUUAAACAGAAAUUCUUACCUCAAAGACAGAUACUAUUCCUGGUCCUGUUCAAACUGCUUCUCAUUACACUAGUCAUAAUGAUGUGUAAUUUCAUCAGAGAUUGCCUAUUUUGUAAAGACAAUUUGAUCUGCUGAGUCUUAUUGAUUAAGGACUUCAUUAUUAGACUCUAGAAGCUUCACACAGAUAGAAUAGUUCCAGCAUUGGCAUUCAAACUGAUAGCAAAAAGUAGUUCCUUCCUAAAUUGGUUCUCAAUAAGAAAACUCCUACUCAAUAUAGUAGUAGUGUGGAUUAUCAACAAAAUGAGAAUAAUAAAUUUAAGUUUGAUUCUUUGUCUAACUCUCCUAAUACUCGAGGAACUGAUCAAUCAAAUAAAUCAAACAGAGAAUAGAAGAAACCAAAUCGAUCUAUAUAAUAUAGAAGUAGGAAAAAUAAAUAAGCAUUAUUAUCAAAGAAGGAGUAGAACAUUUGGGCAAUAAAGAUGAAUAAAUUAAAAUUAAGUCCUGCUAAGUACACUAAAUUAUGGAAUCAUGAAGUUGUAACUGAGAUAAAAUAGUUUUUAUAUCCUCCAAUCUGGAAACCUCCAUCUCAUUUAUCAUGA